AUGACAGACGUGUCGUCGAUAAAGGCGCACGCUGAUCAUCAGCCGGCUUCCGUCGCCCACUACGGUCCUCCACCGCCCGCUUUUACCAACGGCUCACCUGCGCUCGAGGGCCCCAUCGAGGAAGAGGAGUCGUCGACAAUCAAAUGCAUCUGCGGCUUUUCGGACGACGACGGAAACACUGUGCUGUGCGAGAAGUGCGAUACGUGGCAGCACAUUGUGUGUUAUUACGAGAGUGCCAGCCAUGUCCCGGACGUUCAUGAGUGCGUAGACUGUCUCCCUAGACCCAUCGAUCGGAAGAGCGCUCUCGAGAAGCAACGGCAACAUCGCGAGCUACACAACAUCGGUGAGCGCAAGGGUCGACCGAGAACCACCACCAAGAGCCACAAGAAGCGACAAAAAGACCCUCUAGGCGCUGUGCAGCCCAAUGGCUGGGCCAUACAGUCGAACACCGAUCUUCAAUACAAUCACGACCGGAAGAGCGGGAGCCCCCGCGAUCUGCCGCCGCCUGCUAAACGCCCGAAGACGAGCCAUCGGCCAUCUACGAGCAUAGUCAGUCAAGCGCCAGCGCUCGCACCAGCGUCCCGUAAACGAGGCAGUUCCGUCAUGCUGAAUGGACACAGCCCCGUCAAGUCGCCCGUCAAUCCUGAAGGCCCCAUCGAAGAGUUCUCACUCGAGUUCAUGAACCUUUAUCGACAAGCGGAGCCACCGUCGACGGAUACGAACUCCUUCACUGAUCUUAGAGUCACAAAUGACAUUGCAUCGUGGCUGAACGAUCGCGAUGCACUGGCUGAGGCUACAGAGGGCAAGUCGCCCGCUGAAGUGUUCCAGCGCAUCGAUCAGUCGAUCGAGGACAUGGAGAAGUCUCUCGCACCUGUUGUUAUCAAGCAGACAGAAGAAGACCCUAAUACAAAAGCCUACGGACUACACCCUCAAUGGCACCUCAUCACCGUGGAGACGCCUGUUGCCAAAGAAGGUUUCAUUGGCGAACUAAAAGGCCGUAUCGGAAGGAAGGAAGACUACUAUAACGACCCAACGAAUCGCUGGCAACUCCUAGAACACCCCGAACCAUUCGUCUUCUUUCCUCCACAUCUACCGAUCUACAUCGACACUCGACAUGAGGGCACGAUACUUCGGUAUGCUAGGAGGAGCUGUAAUCCAAACAUGGAAAUGAAGAUACUAACGCAAGGGCCCGAGGGCGGUGCUCACUUCUGCUUCCUCGCGACCCGAGAUAUUGAGCCGGGCGAAGAGCUCACUGUUGGGUGGAAUAUCAACAGCUCGAUCAUGCAGCAGCUUGUCAAGGUCGUCACCAAUGGCGACGUAAAGAAAGAAGGGCUCAAGAAGAUCCAACCCUGGAUAGCAUGCGUACUCGCCAAUUUCGGUGGAUGCGCUUGUGACAAUACGACCGGCCACGAAUGUCUGCUGCAGCUCGCUCGGCGAACAGCUACUACCUAUGCAGAACCAGUGCAGCCUUCCAAGUCUGCCAAGGGACGGAAGACGAAGAAGAAUCAGGUCUCUCCUCUAAGCACUGGUCACGCAACAAACAGCCGUGCGGGAAGCGAAGCCAUACAUCGCGAUAUCAACGAAGACGAGAAUGGCGACAGCCGUUCAACGUCUGGGUCGCAUAAGUGUAGCAGCCGCGACAUCACUCCUGCAACACAUUUCUCGUUGGAUGACGGCAAUGGAAAGAUGUCUGAGCGUGAAAGGCGGAAGCUGCAACAGCAGGAACGCCUUUUCGAGCAAAUGGACUAUGAAGAGCAGCACAAGGGGAAACGGGGGAAGAGACACAGCGCUGGGUCGACACUAAACACGCCCAGCCUGUCGUCCUCUAAACAGCUUGGCCACAAUGAACCAUCCCCGUCCUCGCGGCACCCUCGCGAACACAGCAAUGGCGUCGCAAGGAAAGCCUCUGGUGGCUCAUCGAGGGCAAACGGACGUGCACCUGCGAAACCGAAACCAGUCUAUGUCGACAGCUCUACACAGACUGAUGACAAUGGGGUCACGGUGGAUGCGCCCGCACCGACGGCAAGACCUACGAGGCCCCUCAUGACUUUUAAACGCAGACUGCUGCAGCAAGCUCAAGACGACAAGAUACAAAGGGAACGCAUACGGUCAGCAUCUGUGAAGUUAGAGAUGAACUCUCCGGCAUUGAAGGAUGUCACGUCAAGCAAGCCUUCGCCCACCGCCCCUUCAGUUCCACUCGAGGAGCCUGUGGCUAUGGACAUCUCUAUGGAGACCGCACCUAUAGAAAAGCCAAAGGAUUCGACAUCGGUCCAUGAAUCCGCCCCAGCGACAGCAGCCGACGUCGAAAUGAAGGAUGCAGAAAAUUUGGCGGCACCCAGACCGUUCACGCCAAAGAACGAAGAAAUGCCAGAUGCACCCAACGCAGAUGUGUCUCCCGCAACUUCGAGUCCUCACAUUCAGCCACCCGCGCCGCCGUGGGCGCCCUCUGAUGCGCCUGCAGAUGACGACUCUGCGCCCACGGCCUCAAGACCAAAUAUGGGCGAGAUGCGGGUCGAGAUGCCCGCGAAUCCCACGCUUGUCAUCCCUGCGUCGAACACUGCUGUCACCCCUGGUGCGACCCCCAAUGCGCUCACUGCUGGUGCUCUUGCGCAGUCGCCCGGGGGCGUGGGAAUAGCUUUAUCGCCUUUCUCACCCGCCGUGACCAGCGCCAUCACGCCUGGUCCCACGCGCAAGAAGCUUAGCCUCAGUGACUACACGAGCAGACGCGCGAAACUGGCUCAACAGUCUUCGACCGCAUCAGGAACACCUCCGCUCAAUCCCACGCAAUCAACUAGCUCGCCUACCUUGUCGAACGCGAGCUUGCCGAACAACACAUCUCCUCCAGCCAAGAGUGUGGAGCCUGCAUUACCCCCGCUCGCGGAAGAGACGGGGCCCAUCACCACAACGAUGACAGCAACGGAUACAGCGACGGCGACAGAGACCGCUUCCACUACGACAACGGCAACGACAACCACCACCACCACUUCGACUGGUACUUGA